AAUAUGAAGUCUUGAAUGGAAAAAACUCGAAACGAAGAGAAGAGGAGGAGGAGCCGAGACGUUGGGGGUGAGAGAAGAAGCAGUGAAGCUGUUCCCAUAAAUAAUCUUGUCAAUGGCUUACGGAGACACCGACCAGGAUUCUACAGAGAGUUAAGCGCUUCUCUCUCAGAGAUGGCUAGCCGGUCUACCCGGUCGAGGAGGCCACCACCCAGGCAACAGCCAGAACAACAGUCAAGGGCCAAGUGGACAGCACCCCUGACUAAGAUACUAGUGGACUUGAUGGUUGACCAGAUUCACAAGGGGAAUAGACAAAACCAUUCUUUUGGCAAGAAAGCAUGGAAGUGUACAAGUGAUGACUUCCACAAGAAAACUGGUCUUAAAUGGGAUAAAGAGCAGCUGAAGAACCGAUACGCUGUAUUAAGGAGACAGUAUAGUAUUGUAAAGUUGCUUCUUGAUCAAAGUGAUUUCAAAUGGGAUGAAACCACAGGCACCAUCAUGGCUGAGGAUGAAGUCUGGGACAAGUUCAUUAAGGAACAUCCUGACGCUGAGACUGUGAAAACUGCUGGCUGCCCAAUCUACAGACAGCUGUGCACAUUAUUCUCUGAACCAGGUACAAAUGGGGAAUACAAUGGGUCAGCUGAACAAGAGAUCCCUUGUCCAAAACCCUUGACCAUGUUCCAGGAGGAGCCCUCGUCAGAGGAUGCGGCUGACAUGGAAGAUGAGAAUGAUAAAUUUCAAUCUAUGACCCCUUCAGGUAGUACUGUCGGUCGCAAGAGAGGGCGUAAGGGGGUUGAUGAUGCUAUUGCAAACGCCAUACUGGAGAUGGCGUCGGCUUCAAAGCUGAGGGCAGCUGCUAUACAGCAAGUUAAUGACAGAUUUUCAAUAACAGAUUGUGUGAAAGUAUUGGAUGAAAUGCAAGGUGUUGAUGAACGAGUUUAUUUUGCUGCUCUGGAUCUUUUCAACAAUCCUAAAGCAAGGGAAACAUUUUUGUCGCUCAAAGUCGACAAGCGAUUGACUUGGUUGUGUAGCAAGUGUUCUUCUCUCUCUAGUUCAUAGGUUGACAAAGGAAGUAAAUCCAAAGUGUUUAGUGAUUAUGUCUAUUUUAUGUGAAUGGCAACGGGGAACAGUGGAACAAACUUGUAUAUUUUCUAGCCUAGAUUGUCAAUGAUAUGUUUUGCUCCAUAUUACCUUUCUACUCUCCUCUUAAAAAGAUACAGUUGUGGACAA